AUGAACGUCCGCGUGACGACGAUGGACGCGGAGCUGGAGUUCGCGAUCCAGCAGACCACCACCGGGAAGCAGCUCUUUGACCAGGUGGUGAAGACCAUAGGCCUGCGCGAGGUCUGGUUCUUCGGGCUGCAGUACACCGACUCCAAGGGUGACCUCACCUGGAUCAAGCUGUACAAGAAGAACGUAUUAUUUACGAACGGACGUUGGCCACUGCGCAACGUGCUAUUUCCGACGUACCCGUGGCCCGUCAAGUUCAAGUUUGGGCCGGCCGUCACGCCGGCCAAUUCUUGCGCGGCGCGGCCGGCCGCUUGUUGCGAUAUGCGAGCGCGUCCGUAUCUCGCCGCUCCUCGUACUGCCGAGCCUAAUCCGUCGACCGCUCGAGCCGAUGUAACCCGCGCUGAUCUGCCCUUCGAGAACUUUCGGCGACCGAAAACACACGCGCAUCUAGUACAUAUGAUUUUGGGGGAUGGUGGUCACACCGAAGAGAAGCCCGUAGGAACUAUCGACUUU